CACCUUGGUCACAUGAUUGCUAGUGAAAGCUCCGGAAGAGAAUCCGGGCCCAUGUCCUUGGGCCGCGUUGGAAUCCUACGCCACGUUCCCAGUAGUAGUUGGCAGGGGAGGUGACUUCAUUAAAGUGAAUCCCUCCACAAUUUCUGUCAACAAUUUCCCAGACCAUUGGUUCGGGGCAAGCUCUCAGAACCCUGAGUAGACCCCGAAGCUACCCAGUCAGUCCCAGCGAUCCCAAGUGGAGAGAAAUUUCUUCCAGAACGAUAUGAUCCUGGAGCCUUCGAGGCUUGGAUGUGUACCAGGUUCGGUAUACACCCUGCAUGAUGUCAGCUCAGUUUAUUGGUUUUCCCACGUCCUCACUGUGCGUGACAACGCAUACAAUUUCUAUAAAGCAAACCGAACCCCCUUCGUCCCAUUUCUGUUACCGAGCUCUCAUCACUCCAAUCAUCUCACAUACAUAACAGCCACCUUGAGCACAGACUGGUUUCUGUUCUGCUUAACCCACACUCCUUUUAAUACUAUCUUACCCAACCCAUCAAUAUGACACAACUCACACUCACCGGCGGCUUACUGCUGCACGCCGACAAGCAUUCGUCGCUGUUGAAGUUACCAAGGCCUCUACUGAGGAGGAAACCAUCGUCCAUCAAAGUCAAGACGGCUUCUCACCCACAGUCUAUCACAACAUUCCCGGUACGGGUACACAAGGAGGACAGCCAGAUCAACCAAGGGGCCUUGAACGCUAGGAAAAACUUCAAAGAUGUAGCCAAGAAGACAGAUUUCAGAUCGCACUCCGCUGGACCCUAUGGAAACUUCUUCGCCACGUGCUGGCCUAACGGAAAGACGGAGAGAGUAAAGUUGGCCACUGAGAUCAUCGAGAGCUUAUGGAUAUACGAUGAUGUCAUGGAGGAUGUCGACCACGCCGGUGCCGUCAAGGUUCACGCCAGCGUCAGGGAUAGUAUAAUCGGCGCGGAGAAGCCCAGCAAGAAGAACAUGAUCGCCACGUUGUUCAAGGACUUUGGAGCCAGGCUGAACCAGAUGGACAAGCAAGGAGCACCCAAGGUCCUUGCUUCGCUCAAGAACUACCUCGACAACUAUGACAGCCAAAAGACCCCAUUCACCACCAUCCAGAAGUACACCGAGUACCGUAUCCUGAACGUCGGCUAUGGUAUCAUGGAUAGCUUCAUGCAGUGGACCGUGGGUCUUGACCUCAACGAGGCUGAGACAGACGAGGCUCACAAUUUCUACAUGUCUGCCGGACGUGUCAUGGGCCUGACAAACGACCUGUAUUCAUGGAAUGUCGAGCGAACCGAGUCCGUCGACGCUGCUGACCGCAAGUGGAAUGCCGUCCCGGUCAUCAUGCAGCAGUAUGAUCUCAGUGAGGAAGACGCCGCCGUCUUUCUCCGUGGUCUCAUCGUCCACCACGAACAAGUCACCCGCGAGCUGGGCCAGACCCUCCUGAGAAGAUUCAACUACUCACAUACAAUGACCAAGUACGUCGAGAGCGUCAGCCUCAUGCUCGGCGGCAACUGCUUCUGGUCAGCGACGUGCCCCCGAUACAACCCCUAGUACGAAACAUGAAACGAUAAUCACCAUCCUUUCUAUCUUUUCAUUUUCAUGUUUUUAUUACUAGAAGGGGCGGGUAUUUGGCAUGAUUGCAUUGGGUCUGGUCAAGAACGUGACGGCGGCACUUUGGGAAUUGAAAAGUUUCACGGCGACUACAUGUACAGGG